AUGAAUCAAGAUCAAGACGACCUUGUGAUCCAGCUUCUAGAGCGUCUAGAUCGCUACGAAAAACUAGCCAAUGACACCUUCCGUGUGAACUUCAUCACCGGCAUGCAGCAUCUCAGCAGAGCCAACUUCAACAGUGAAAACAGGAAGUAUGGCAUGGAUUCGCUUGAUCGAAGGCCAUAUGAUGCCUGUAAGGUGGUGGAGGGCAAUGGUAGUUUUAAGCUUAGGGACAGGUUGAAGGAAUUGAAAGAGAAGAAAAAGCUGGAUCUGGAGAAGGAGAAGCUGGAGCCGGAAAAGGAGAAUACGCUGGAGGACCCGGCUCUCAGACAGAGGAAGAAAGAUCCAGCCAAAGGCGAGAAAUCCGAGCCAAAAAGCAAAAAAGAAGGUGUUUCAGAAAAAAGCAUCGAUCCUCCGUCCCUCCGAGACCCAAUCUACCAAUUUGGCGUCCUAGUUCCCUACCAAUUGCGUAAUGCUCAAUCGUCCUUCAACGACUCCUUGACAGACAUUGUCAACAUGGUGAACCUCCGGCAGGAACUCACCGAAUUGAUACAAAAAAUCGAAUCUACAGAAGCCUCGGGCAACGCCUCGGCCUCUACCUAA